AUGGCAGAUGAUUCAGAAUGGGUUAAAUUGCCAACAAUUGAAAAAAUCGAGCAUAAACAAUGGAAAGCACGCGUCGCAGGAUACGAAGAGGCCAUAAAGUUAUUCCAAACGCAACCUUCGGAGAAGAGUAAUGUAUUUACUGACUAUCUCGGGCUAAUGAAAAAGAUGGUCACGGACAGCAACGCUAUCGCCCAGGAAAAGGCUCUGGACGCAGUUCUGGUUUUUGUAGAAAAUGCAGCCGUUGCUCCUCGAGCCGCGACCGAUAUAUGCGCUGGCAUUGUAAGCAAGUGUAUGGGUGCUCCCCGUGCAAAAACUAAAGAGAAAGGGAUCGAGGUGCUACUCUUUUAUAUUGAACUCGAGAAGACCGAUGUCGUGCUUGAAGAAGUGCUGAAGGGUCUCUCCGUCAAACAACCAAAGGUUGUAGUAGGCUCUCUACAAACUUUACGGUCUGCUUUAUCGCUGUUUGGGUCAAAAGUGAUUUCAAUAAAGUCGAUACUAAAAGAUACCCUUCGCUUGCUUGAAGAUCGCGACCCAAAUAUCAGAAGCGAAAGUAAAGAGUUGGUUGUCGAAAUGUAUCGAUGGGCAGGAGCACCAAUUAAAGCUCAAUUGUCUGGUCUAAAGCCAGUACAACUAACAGAACUUGAAAACGAAUUCGCGAAAUGUCCUGCAGAGAAGCCAUCUCCUACCAGAUACUUAAAGAGCCAAGUCCCAAAAAUUCUAUCACAGCAGCAAAACAACGCAGCCUCUGAAGAUGGCCCAGAUUCUGGUGGUGAUGUGGGUGCGGAAGUUGAUAUUGCUCUUGAUCCUUACGAGUUAGCAGAUCCCGUUAACAUUUUGUCAAAAAUACCGAAUGAUUUUUGGGAGCAAAUGGAAUCUAAAAAGUGGCAAGACCGUAAAGAAGCCUUAAGUUUGGUUGAGAAUCUUUCUGACACCAUGCGUUUGGCACCGGGAGAUUAUGGAGAAUUGAUGAAAGCCUUGCUGAAAGUUAUCGCAAAGGAUACAAAUUUAAUAUUGGUCGGUCAAAGCGCGAAAGUUGUCACGCAAAUUGCUAAUGGACUGAGGAAAGAUUUCCAGGUUUACGCUUCCGAGACCAUCAAAGUAUGCAUUGAAAAGUUCAAAGAAAAGAAGCCGGCUGUAUUGAGCGCUGUUCGGAGUGCCGCUGACGCAGCUCUCAAUUCUACCUCCUUAGAAUCGGUUCAAGACGAUGUAAUUGCUGCGACAUCAAAUAAAAUCCCUGGUGUCCGUGCAGAAACUUGUCUUUAUCUUGGGCGCGCCUUUGCGAACAUGAAUACUACCACUCUGAACAAGAAGCUACUAAAGGCUUUAAUCGUGCCUCUGAUCAAGUGUUCUGUUGACACAAAUAUGGAAGUUCGUGAGGCAAGCUUUUCAGCCCUUGGUAUGGCAAUGUUUGUUGUAACGGAGAAAAACAUCAUGCCCUUUCUUACGGAUGUAGAUAACAUCCGAUUAGGGCGAAUUAAGGAGUUUUACGAAAAGGUGGUCAAUGAAAAGAAGAAUGCUGGCGGCAACGAUGGAGGCGGCGUUAGUGGUGGAUCAUCGGAGCCUCAAAGCAAAGUGGCCACGGUGAAACCCUGCCCUGCAACAAGUAAAGGGCCCACAGGAGCUUCAGCGGCUCCUGUCAAGCCAUCAUCCGCUGUAAAAUCAGCUGCUGCAGGUGGAGCGAAACCAAAAAGCUCAGCAACUGGUGCAGGUGGUUCGGAUCUGCCGAAGGAGCAGCUUAUUGCCGAUGAUGUUGUUGAGCAACAGUUAACUGAGUUUUUUGGCGAAGGAUUAUUGACAGACCUGUCGUCCACCAUAUGGAAGGAGCGUCUUGCUGCCAUGGAAGUAGCCCAAACCAAGAUCCGUAGUGCUGACUCGUCUCUGUCCUGCCAACUUGCCUGUCGACUGCUCAUGCGCAAACCUGGCCUUAAAGAUAAUAACUUCCAGGUACUUCGAAUGAAGGUGGACCUAAUUGGUGAGGUUCUACAAGCUCGGAAGCCAGUUAGUGAGGUGAUUGUCGACCUUCUAUUGCCUGAAUUGAUUGAUAAAAUUGGCGACAUAAAGGUUGGUGAGGCGGUAAAGCAGACCCUUACGACUCUCGCAGAAGCGACCGCCUUCGAAGUCGUUGGUAGUCAGGUCCUGAAUGCGGCGUUCCAGCAAAAGAGUCCCAAGAACCAGGUCGAAGCCCUUAAUUGGCUUGCAGGAGCUAUCAAGGAGUUCGGUUUCAAACUUAAUUCCAAACAGACGGUGAGUUUCUUAAAGACGGGCCUCAGUGCGACCAACAUGAACGUUCGUCAAUCUUGCAUCCACUUGUCAGCAGUGCUCUACAUGUACAUGGGAGCGACACUGCGCACUCUCCUUGCCGACGAAAAACCCGCGAUGGUUGCUAUGCUAGAGGAGGAGUGGGCUAAGUUGGGCGAUUCGAAGCCCCCUCCCCCCACUCGAGGUUUCCGUCUAGUCAAAAAGGAGCCUUCAGUUGGCGACGGGGGUAGUGCCCAGGCCGCGGCUGAGCAGGAAGUUGAAGCACCUCCUGAACCUGAAGAUAUCGUCGACAGGACCGACAUAAGCGAAAAACUGAGCGGUGACGUUCUGACUCUGAUUGCAAGCAAGAACUGGAAGGAACGCAAAGAGGGCCUUUGCCAAAUAGAGGAAUUGCUGAAGAGCUGCCCUUUUAUUAUGGGUGGCCAUGAAGUUCAGGAGCCGCUUGCUGCCAUCGCCAAGGUUUGUACCGAUGUGAACAAGAUCUUGGGUAAAACCGCUCUGGGGUUGAUGGAGACAUUUGCAAAGGCCUUCUCGAAGACCGACGCUAAAAAACUCGUCAAAUGUGUUGAACCGUCCAUUUUGGCGUGCCUCGGCGACUCAAAGCCGGUUGUUCGCGAAGCAGCUGUAACCGCGCUAAAUGCAUGGAGGGACCGUUGUGGGUUUGUACCAAUGACGGAGAAUGACAUGCUCUCCGAAGCCUUAAAGGCAGAGAACCCCUUCCUGCGUGCCGAGCUUCUCAACUGGCUUACGACGGCAAUGGCUGGCGAGCGACUGAGUGGCAAGGCUGCCAUCUCAGCGGGUCUUUCGCCCGACUUCGCCCUCAACCUCGCCCUCGCCGUCUACCCGGUGUGCGAGGACCGCAAUCCGGACGCGCGCCAACGAGCCCACAAAAUCCUCCCUGUACUCAUUCGCGCCCUCGGGUAUGAGGUGAUGGUAAAGGCCCUGAAACGCCUAAAAACAACUUCUAUGGACGCGGUCUCCCCCUUAUUGGAGAAGGCCAAGGAGCAGGUGGCUGCUGAAGAUGCAGCGAACCCCCCAAAAGUCGAACAACCGAAAUCGAAGGCCUUGCGAGGUGGUGGAGGGUUGAAAAAAGAGGCGGCGCAGCCAUCGCCGGAUGAGCCAACGGCGAAAAAGGGCGGUGUGAAGAAGCCCGCCAUGACGUCGAAGCGAGCCGCUGCGCUGGAGCAGGCGGAGGAGGCGGCUGCUGUUGUUCCUCUCCAGGUGAACAAACUUCGUGAAACUCGGAUUCAGGAUGAAAAGAAACGAAGGCUUCUCAAGUGGGACUUUGAUGUUCCCAGCAAGGACCACGUGCAGCAGUUGAACACAUUGUUCACAUCUGCAGGGGCCUCCUCUGACCUUCACGCCUGCCUCUUCCAUUCUGACUUCAAACAGCACAUCAGGGCGGUUGAUAUUCUCACACGCCUUAUCGAGGGCGGCUGGCCCGCAGUCGACGGGGAGGCGGCUACUCGUGCCAAUCUGGACCUCAUCCUUCGGUGGAUGGUGCUUCGUUUCUUCGAAACCAGUCCCGCCUUCCUCUCCAGAGGUCUGGAGUACCUGCUCAAGGUGUUUACUCGGAUGUCCGAUAUGGAGCACCAGCUGCCGGAGUACGAGGCCUCCGCUUUCCUACCGUACCUCGUCAUGAAGGUGGGCGAUCCCAAGGAUAACAUUCGUAAGGACAUUCGGGCCUUGUUCCGGGUCAUGACGAGCAUCUACCCACCCAGCAAGUUCUACGCAUAUCUCGUCGGAGGCCUUAAGUCAAAAGUCAACAAAGCACGGCAAGAGUGCCUCGAGGAGAUGGGGCUCAUGAUCGACCACUUUGGUCUAAAUGUCUGCCAACCCUCGCCUGCAGCUUCGCUCAAGGUGAUUGCCGCUCAAAUCAGUGACCGCGACUCUGGUGUUCGCACAGCCGCUCUCAAUGCCCUGGUCUGCGCCUACGCGAUUGUCGGUGAACCAAUCUGGAAGAUGCUUGGACAAAUGCCUGACAAGGAGCGAUCAAUGCUAGAAGAACGCAUCAAGAGGGCCGGUAGACCGUCCACUGCCGCAUCGAAUUCAACUGUCUCAAAGCGUUCCGCAUCCGAGCGACCUGUGAACCGGAGAGAAACACAAGUCAACGGUCCUCCUGGUGCAGUCCAGCAGCAGUCGUAUGGUGCGGUUGGAAAUUAUGGAGCAGCACCAGAGGCACCGCAGUCUGUGCACGCAGUCGCCUACGCCAAGGCUCAGCACAUGCUCAGCUCGCUGGGUGACUUGAAUCCUGAACACCCACCUGCUAUGCCCAACCUUCUGCAGUUUGAUAGGGAUAUAAAUGAGUUGUUCAAGCCUAUUGCAAUUCCCGAGCUCAAGAUGCGGGACAAGCAGACAGUGCUGAACUGUCUCCUGCGAACCAGUCCUGAUGCAGCGUCAGCCAUAACAAUGGUGGUUACCCAGAUCUCCUCCAAUGAUCUUAACGUCUGUUGCCACGCUCUAAGUCAGAUCGACGCUUUGCUACAAAGUGAUAAGUGGCAACUCCUGGUCGGCCAUGUCAACCAGAUCAUCACCCUUAUAACAAUUCAGCUUCGCCAAACGAAUUCUCGUUUCUUCGACGAUCCAACCAUCACUGAGAGCCAUUUAUCAACUGUCUUGCGCUGCCUUUUGGUCACCACAGAAUCGAUCUUCAAGCGCUCUCAGCUGGCAAGAGAAGCCUCUCGGGAGUCUCUGAAGGAAUAUCUUUUCGCUUCACUGCACCUGAUGGUACACGAGAAAACUUCCGAAUUACCUGAAGGCAGCGGAAUCGUUCGAACUAUUAACGCGAUAACACUGCACGUCAUUGAGGCCUCGAACUGCACGCGUGUCCUUGGGCAACUUGUUUUUGGGUCACCCGUAGGUGCUGGUGAUGAAGGGUUGAAUUUGGCAGUUUUGGAGCGAGGCACUUGGUUAGUUGAGGUGCAGUCUAGUGACCCCCGCAGGAAACCCCUCACCUCCUUCACUUCUUUUAGCGCCUUCAUCCGACUGCUGCACGAGAGCGUAAGUAGCGGCCAUUUCAACAACAGGUUCACUCAGGUUGUUCUUCGAAGUCUCUGGAGGAUUACUAAAGCGCUUCCAAGUACAGCAAACGCCUACGCGCUUGACCUCGUUCUUUUGGACUGUCACAAUUUCCUCAAGGCGUUUCCUUCGCCUUCGUGGAAGACCCGCAAAUCCGAUCUGCCCCUCCGCACCAUCAAAACGAUGCUUCACUCAUUCUGCAGCGUCCGAGGUCCUUCCGCGCUGAAAUUCCUCGAUCUCAUUCCACACAAGGUACUGUUCGUUGCUUCAUGUGAUUAUGAUCAUUCCUUGUGCUGA